AGAAAUAGCCACGUCAGUGGUGAGUGGUGGUGACGUUAACAUUUCUUCUGAUUCUUGGGGAUGCGAUUGAAGCGGUGAGGCCAGUGAGUGUUGCUUAGUAUCCAAGACAAUAAUAUAGGAAUAGGAAGCGAAAUCAAGCUUCGAUGAUUGGUAUUGUUAUCGUCAGAAACGGAAGUGCGUGAAGAGUGAAGAUGGCAGAAGAAAAAGAAUCAACGUCAAUUCCUCUGAGUCAAUCUGACAAUGCCUCUUGUGAAGAUCCCGAAGAUCCAGCCAAGUCUCCCCCAACCUCUCCCAAUUCCUCUACUCGCAGGGCUUGCUGCUUUGUUCUCCAGAGUUGGGUCUCCAAGAAAUUUAUGACUGGAUGCGUAGUUCUUUUUCCGGUUGCAGUUACCUUUUUUAUCACUUGGUGGUUUAUUCAGUUUGUUGAUGGUUUCUUUAGUCCAAUAUACUCCAGGCUUGGCUUUGACAUCUUUGGACUUGGUUUUGUUACAACGUUAGCUUUUGUAUUUCUUAUUGGUGUUUUUGUUUCAUCAUGGAUGGGUGCCACUGUGUUCUGGAUUGGAGAAUGGAUAAUAAAGCAAAUGCCCCUUGUUAGGCAUAUAUACUCUGCAUCCAAGCAGAUUAGUGCUGCAAUAUCUCCAGAUCAAAAUACCACUGCCUUUAAAGAAGUAGCAAUUAUUCGUCACCCACGUGUCGGUGAAUAUGCUUUUGGCUUUAUUACAUCAUCUGUUACUCUACAGAAAGAUGAUGAAGAUGAAGAGCUAUGUAGUGUUUUUGUCCCUACAAACCAUCUGUAUAUUGGCGAUAUAUUUUUGGUUAACUCCAAAGAGAUUAUAAGACCAAAUCUUUCUAUUCGAGAAGGCAUAGAAAUCAUUGUUUCUGGGGGAAUGACUAUGCCACAGUUGAUAUCUCCAAUGGAAAGGGUUGCUCGGCCGAGCGAGAGAAUCUCUUUGAACAGAAUUGGUUAAAGGAGAGAAUCUCUUUGAACAGAUUUGGUUAAAGGAAUGGACGUGCAGUUGAUAUCUCGGUUAUGUGGCCGCAAAACAGAAUCUGAUUCGUGUGGUGAUGGAAACUAUAGUCUGAACCGCCUUAUGAUGGAAUUUGUAUACGAAAAUUGUUGUUUAGUAUUUACAGUUUCCCUUCUAUGUUUAAACGAGAGUAAGAUACCAUGUGAUAAUGUAAUUUUUAUAAUCUUAACAUUUCCUUCUUUUGGAUUCUACUUCUCUCUUUCCACCCAUCCCCAAAGUCUGACACAUGCGAAUAUAUGUUUGAAGGGCUACAUGUCUUUUGGUCAUUCAUUAGUCAUUU